AUGUCUUUUUUUCCUGCUGUCAAGGAAUCCCACUCAAACGACACACGGUAUCAAUCUACUUUGCAACAUGUUCAAGAGCAUGUUCAGAAUGUUGAUAAUAAAAGGAGGAUUCGAUGUGCUUCCUGGAACAUUGGUUCACUGACUGGCAAAAGUUUGGAAUUGAUAGAUGUCAUGAGGAGGAGAAGGAUUAACAUUGCAUGUAUCCAAGAGACAAGAUGGAAAGGGAUGAAAGCUAAGAUGUUGGACGACUUUAAACUUUGGUAUUUGGGAGACCAAAAUGGAAGAGGUGGAGUUGGCAUAGUGGUGGAUAAAGACUUGAAGAACGAUGUGGUAGAUGUUAAAAGAGUGGGGGACAGCAUCAUAUCUUUAAAGUUGGAGUUAGAUAAAGAAGUGGUCAACAUUAUUGACGUUUUUGCUCCGCAAGCAAAGAUUGGAUAA